UAACAGGGACUAUUUUCGCCGACAAAAAAUUUGUUAAUAAAAUUUUGUUUUUCUUUUGUUAAAAAGUUUCUUUUUUUCAAAAAAUAUGUUUUGAAUUUAAAAGAAAAAAUUCUUAUUCUCUAGUGAAAUAGAAUAAUAUAGUAGAAUAUAUCAUAAAGUUUACUUUUGUAAAUAUACUGAUCAACAUAACCAAAAAAAAUUCAAAAAUUAAUUAAAAUUUUUUUUAAAAAUGAAUAUGCCAUCGCUAAUUAGUGAUUUAAAAAUGCCAAAAAUUCUAUGGCAUCAAACUGAUUAUUAUGUUAAUUUACAUAUACAAUUAGUUGAUGUGGAUAAAUAUUAUUUACGUGUUGACAGAGAUCAGUUACUUUUCAGUACAAUUGUAAACGAUGAGAAAUAUUAUAUUACAUUAAAUCUAUUUGGAGCAGUUGUACCUGAGGAGACUAUAACUACAAAAACAGGAAGGGAAGUGAGAAUAAAAAUUGUUAAAGGUUACACAGGAACUGAUUGGCUGAGAUUACAAAGUGAACCAGAAAAAAAUCCCAUGAUUCUUCUUGAUCCUGAUCGAAUUAUUAAGCAUGAGAAAAAAAGAAUCCAACAUCCAGUUACUUGGGAAGCAGGAAAAUUAGUAGAAGAAUAUAAAAGACUAAACAACGUUCAAUAUAUACGUCCUGAUGAGCCAAGUUCCGAUGAAGGAGGAGAAUCAGAAGACGAGAUAUUCGAUUCAUAUUUCGAUUAAAUUAAUUAGUUAUUUCAUACAAUUGCAAUUAAAUAAGCCGGAAUUAUGUACCUCUAUUUUUUUUACAAUUUACCACUCAUAUCUAUAAUGUAUUAUACAAAAUGUUUAUAUUAAAUAUAAUUGGUUAUAGAAAAAAAACAAAGAAAUCGUGUUAAAAAAGAGUAUAUAUAUUUAAUUAAAUACACGUUAGAAAUUUAAUUGAUUAAAAGAAAAUUGUAAUAGAAUUUCUAGUCAAUUCAAUUUUUACAAUUUUUGCACAUUGGCAAAAAAGAAAUGAAUUAUUAACAAAAGUGAUUUAAAUUGUCAAUAUAAAGACAUGUCAAGUGUCAUUUUAAUUCUUGAAAAACAAUUUUAUUUUUUCAAUUUUUUUUAUUCAAUUUCUUUAUUUGAAUCAUUAUUUUUAAAAUAAUAAAUUUAAAAUUAUUAGAAUUUUAAUAUUAAUUUUCCGUAAUAUUAAAAAUUGAAUAAUAUUAAUUUAAUAUUUUUCUUCUAAUUUUAUGUUAAAUUAUUUUAUUUUGUAAUUUCAGUAAGUAUUAAUGACACCGCUUAUUUCAGACACGUCUUUAAGUAGACCAGAAUCUCGAUUAAUAAAACAUUAAAGUAAUAAUACUUAAAAUAAUAAAUUAAUUAAAAUUUAAUAUUUUAAAUAUUUUUUUUACAUUUCUCUUUUUCAGAUUUAAUCGAGACUCUAAUUAAUAAACAGUGUAAUAGUCAGGCUGAUUUCGUGGAUAUACUAAAAAAAAAAAAAAAAAAAAAUUUGUAAAUAAACUGUUGUUAUGUACGAGACAAUUGUGCAUAAAUUAUUUCGAGUUUAUUUUUUGGCUAAGACUUAAUAUUUAAAAGAUAUAUUAAAAAAUACUUCAACUAAAUAAUUUAGAAUUUAGUUUUCCAGUGUAAAACUCAUUGAGUAAAUUAUUAUCAAUAAUAAUUACAUAUUAUAUUUGUUCAUGACUUUUGUAAUUCUUUUACAUUAAUUAUUAAAAUAAAAAUUAUCAGAAUCUUAA